ACUUCACACCUCCUCCUCUCUCGUCUAUCCUUCCCUCUCUCCAUCUGCUCCUCUGACCUCUCUUCAGGCAUGCUGUUCUCCCUACCAAUGCCGAACAGAGGGAUGCUGCCAGGAGACAGAGGAGUGAGGAGGGUUUGAUGAAGACAACCAGUCAGAAGGUAGUUUCCUGAGGACGGUUUCCAUGCGCUGCUCCUGAGCGCUGCGAGCGGGACGAGUGUUUAGGGAGCGCCGCAGUGGGAAUAGCAGGGAAGCGUGGCCGCAGGGAGAGGGCAGCAGAGGCUCGAGCUCACAGCAGCGGCAGGAAGGAAGGAAGGAAGGUGGGAAAACCCCAGCUCCAGCUCCAGCCCCAGCCCCAGCCCCAGCCCCAGCCCGGACAGGUGGAGCACCGCGCCUGCAGCACCAGCAGCACCAGCAGCAUGGCCAUGAUUGAGGCAGAGCUGACCGAUCAGCUGUGGGGAGACUCAGACGGAGCAGGUGUCCUCUGUGUCUCAAGGGUGCAGCACCUGGAGCUCAGUCUUGCGUGCCGAGGCCUGGCGUCCCCGGCCAGAGACGGGAAGCCCAACACGCUGGUGCAAGUGGCCACUCUGGACGCGUGUGAGCAGAGCCUGCUAGCGCUCAGCACCACGGAGAUCGUCCAGGGAACAAGAGACCCUCUGUUCCUGACAGGGGUGACGUUCCCACCACAGUGCCCCAUCUUGGAGGAGACAGUCAUCAAACUCAGCGUCUACGAUGUGAAGGACAAAUCUGCUAAUACUAGCACGUUCCUGGGCAGUGCGACCUUCUCUGUGGCGGAUCUACUCAAAUCCAGGGACCAGCAGAUUUCCCUAAACCUGAGGUCAUCCGAUGACUUGGCAGCCGUUGGCACUGUAGUGGUCAGCCGGAUGAAGAUGGGGGAGAUUGAGGAUGGAGAAGCAGACCACAUCACGGCCGAUAUCCAGGGCCAGAAGUGUGCACUGGUGUGUGAGUCUCUGCACGGAACAACAAAUGACAAAGAUUACGGUCCCCGGAUGAGUGCUUUGUUCAAGAACCCGGUGUGCAAGGUGUACCGGUUCCAGACAGUGGACAGUAAGUGGAUGCUGGUGCGUGAGCAGAUGGCGGAGAGCACGCUGUCCUUCACCAUCCCAAAGCAGCUCAUUACUCUCCACAUCCAGGAGGACUCCAGGAGGAUACAAGAACUGAAGGACCUUGGAGAGCUGUCACCGCACUGGGACAACCUGCGUCGUGAGGUCAUCACACGCUAUGACCAGGUCAUCAGAAGCUACCAGGAGAAUCUGGAAGAGCUAGACAAGCUGACAGGACCCUCGUUUAAACCCAGCUGCAGCAAAGCGCAGAAGUAUCUGGAGUUCAUUCCAAUCAACCUGCACACACAGAGGAUGAGGGUCACCUGCCCCAGGAAAACAGAUGCCUUCUAUGACAUCAUCACAGUGGGCGCUCCGGCGGCACACUUCCAGGGCUUCAAGAGCGGCGGCCUGCAGAGGCUACUGGGCCGUUACGAGAACGAGAAGAAGAGCUACAGUACGGCGUACCAGUGUAUCUACUACUCUCCGGAGCAGACGGCCAGGGCACGGGACGUGCUGGGCACCCUGAGCGAGCUGCAGCCCCUCAUCGGCAGCCUGGCUGACCGCCUGCUGCAGGCCGCCCAGCAGCGCUGCGCCCACGCUCUGAGGGACACGCUCAAGAGCCUCGCCGAGAAGACGGAGCAGUUUGUGCAUGCCCUUAAGGACGAGCUGGUGAAGAGCGCCCUGCUGGCCCUGCACGCCGCCCGGCCCGGUUACGUGUCCAAGACCCAGACCCAGACCCAGACGCCGCCCCUACAGACCCGUGCGCCCCAGAUGCCCAGCCACCCUGGGCAGACGGUCACCGAGCCGGACGCCGUCGUCUGCAACAACGUGGCCGGAGCGCAGACGCCCACCAAAGAGGAGCCGCCGCCACCGGCAGGACCGCUGGAGCGGCAGGACUCCAUACCGCACCACAAGGAGUACGACGAGGAGGAAUGGGACAGGGUGUGGGCAAAUGUGGCCAAGAGUCUCAACUGUGUGAUCGCCCUGGUGGACAAGCUGCAGGAGCAGGACAACAACAACCAGGAGUCCACACCAGACCAGGCGCUCGCUGACGUCAUCACCUCACACAACCCCACAGGUGAGUGGCGUGAGCAGUUGUCUCCACUGGUGGCCUCCCUGAAGGAGUGUGUGACUGAGGUGGGCGACCGGGCUCAGAAAUCCAUGACCUUCGUCCUCCUGCAGGAGGCAGUGUGCAGCAUCCCUCAGGGCCUCUUCCUCCAGCAGAGGCGUGACGUAGUGUUCAGUCAGGCGUUGUCAGCGUUGGCGUGUGGCUUUGUGAUGCGGCUCUAUGCGGGGCUGGAGGACAAGGGCUUCCUGCAGCAGCUGCACCUGGUAGGCCUGGUGGCCCAGUUCGAGAGCCUGCUCAGCACUUACAGUGAAGAGAUUGGCAUGCUAGAGGACAUGGAGACGGGAAUCUCUGACCUGCACAGAGUCACAUUCAGAAUCACAGAAGCCAAGUCAGACGACCCAGCAGACCUACAGCCUGUUGUCAGUGGCAGACGAGACCACUAUACGGUGGAGGUGCCGUUGCCACAGCAGUCAUUCCAGAUGAUCCCACCUGAGCUUCGGGAGGGGAAACCACUGCAGGUGUACCCGGUGCUUUUCAACGUGGGCAUCAACGAGCAGCAGACCAUUGCAGAGAGGUUUGGUGACAUAUCUUUACAAGAGAGGAUAAACCAGAGAAAUUUUGAAAUUUUAGAUGGUUACUUCAAGACACUGAGUGACAAAGUGCCAUCAGAAUGUCUGCCCUGCUUUCAGACACAGAUGGAUGUGAAGGAAUUACUUGAAACCCUUGGCCAGAACGUUGUUACGAAGAAGAGGAAGAAUGUGGAAAUUCUCUGGCUUGCUGGAACGAUCUGCCGACGCCUGAACGGCAUUCGCUUCACCAGCUGCAAAAGUGCCAAAGACCGGACAUCCAUGUCUGUUACGCUGGAGCAGUGUGCCCUGCUAAGGGACGAACACCAGCUCAAUAAGGACUACUUCAUCCGGGCCCUGGACUGCAUGCGAAGAGAGGGAUGCCGUAUUGAAAAUGUCCAAAAGAAUAUUAAGUGCCGCAAGUAUGCUUUCAACAUCCUGCAGCUGAUGGCUUUCCCCAAGUGCUAUCGGCCUCCUGAGGGGACUUAUGGGAAGGUGGACUCCUGAGCUCUGGGGCCAGGGGGCCAGCCCUGUGCCACUGAUCCCAGCCUGUUAAGAGCCAUGUGGAUGGGUGUGGCGGAUGUAAAUGUUCUUAUUACUUAUUGCACCUGAUAAGCAUCACCAACCGCUACUUCUGUUUCACUUUGCUUUAAAUCAUUUCUGUAUAUAUAAUUUCUUGUUUUUCCUAAAGAGAUAACUGUUUUUUAAGUUGUUUAUGUUGUCAGUGUUUUAUUGUGUUUUUGUACAGUCUGGGUUUAUAUUUCAUACAUGUGUGUUUUCUCUUGACAGU